AUGUGGGAUUAUUUUGAUGAUAAGUGCGUCUUAAUCACCGGGGGAUCUGGCUUCCUGGGAACUGCCAUUGUAUACCGACUAGUGACUCACACGGCGGCUACUUCCCCUAUUUACGUGCUGUGCAGAGGGGGACGAAAAGCUCUGUAUUCCAGAUGGAGGAAAUUACUACCGUCUCAAUUCGCGGACAGACUCUGCCAGUCGAAUCGUCUUAUCGUUGUGGAUGGUGACAUCAAGAAGCCGAAUGUCGGGCUAUCCGACGCCCAGAUCGAUAUUGUCCGACAGGAUGUAGAGAUCGUUAUCCAUGCGGCAUCCUCCAUUAACCUCAAAACGGACCUAACCACCUUGACACCCACUAUUAUCCAAGCCACAGAAACAGUUGCCAAAUUCGCCCUCACAUGUCACGUUCUUACUCGCUUUGUCUACGUUUCGAGUGCAUAUGCAAACGCACACCUUGGUCCCCGCAGCGAGGGAAUCGACGUCCUAGUGGAUGAGAGAAUCUACAAUCCCUGUCAGCAUGAUACUGCUUUGACCGAGUGGAAAGACGUGCAGAAGAUUGGCACCAGCUGGGUAUACGAAGCAGAGGAUUACCCAUGGGCAUACGCCUAUGCAAAGCAUCUCACCGAGAGACUAUUAUUGCAAUGGUUUGGUGAUGCGAAUGCAGCCCAAAGUUUGCUCAUCAUUCGUCCGUCCAUCAUAGGCCCAGCACAAAAAGUCCCCUAUCCCGGAUAUUGCUUUCCAAAUUCGACACCAUUGACGACAGCGACAGCGGCAGUCCUUUUGAGCACAGAUUUAGAAAUGAAAACCACGACCCGAUUUCCAAACCCUGAUGCUGAAGUUCACAUGGAUGAAGUCCCGGUCGAUGUUGUUGCAGAUCGUCUCCUAAGCCAUUUGGCUAUCGGAACAGCCGGUUGUGUCCACGCCGUGAGCGGAGAACGAGCGCGGAUGAAGUAUCUCGAGUGGUGGCGGUCGAUUAUGCAACUUCGUCAGAUUCCAUGGGAGCCGAAGCGCAUAUGGCUAUACGAGAACUGGAAAACACCCAAUCAGCAUCCGAUUUCUCAACUCUGGGUGGCGUUCGGAAGUUCGUUCUGCUUCUCCGAAGACCGAACUAGGGCGAUUAGUGAGGCGUUAGUUCGAAACGCAGACUGCGCAGAUCUACAGCUUUUCACGACGUCUAACAUAGCCAGACAGCUGUUAGAACGGACAGAACAUCUUCGAACUAUCAUGGAUCAGCUCGCAUCGAAAAAUCCCAAGGACGCCAAAACUAUUCAGACUUAUUAUCGGGGUUUUGGGAGUGACAGACGUGCGAGUGUAGGAAUGACUGCUCGUCUGUAA